GGAGGAAAUAAAAAGAGAGAGAGGGAAAGACAAGCGUCAUUUAGGAACAGAGGUAGAGCGAAAGAAGGAACUCCAGGAUCUGAAACCAAGCACACGGCACAGUAUUUUUCUAUAUUUUCUUUUCCCCAGAGCAGAUUCUUGUCCUGUCAUUUUAUUGACGGACGUGCUAUUACAGGCUCUUUUGCCAGAAGUUGACGGAAGAAGCUCAAGGGCUGCUGUUUCUUCCCUCCCAAGUCCCGGUGGCUCCCCUGGUAAUGGAUUGCUUUUCUCUGAGUUUCCACUCUGGAGAGAGCCCCCAGGCCUAGUCUGUGAACCCAGCGAAGAAACAUCGCUAGUAAAAAUGACUGAAGACUCCAUAAAGGAGAUCCUGGGAAGCCCAGCAUCUUCCAAGCCUGUGACAAUGGAGAAGAACCCCAACAGUGAAGUGGUGGUCACCACGGUCCCCUUGGUCAGUGAGAUUCAGUUGACAGCUGCUACAGGUGGUGCUGAGCUCUCCUGUUACCGCUGCAUCAUUCCGUUCGCCGUGGUGGUCCUCAUUGCCGGGAUAGUGGUCACUGCUGUGGCUUACAGCUUCAAUUCCCACGGCUCCAUCAUCUCCAUCUUGGGUCUGGUCCUCCUGUCAUCUGGACUUUUUUUGUUAGCUUCCAGUGCCUUGUGCUGGAAGGUGAGGCAGAGGAGCAAGAAAGCCAAGAGACGGGAGAGUCAGACGGCUCUAGUGGUGAAUCAGAGAAGCUUGAUUGCUUAGGACGGAAUGAGACCAAAUGGGAUAUGUGGCCUGGAAAACUUCCUCUCCCUGUGUCAUCCAACUCACCCAGAACUAGAGUGGGAGAGAAUGAAUGGUGCAUUGCGGUAUACCAGAGGAAUAGAGAUGAACUAAGUGCGGGAGGGUAGAGAGGGUUCUGUUUUAGGAAGAACCUACUUGUGUCUUCUUUAAUGACAAACUUAACUCUAAGGGCUAUUUCUAAGACUGAAAAAUCAGCUCUUUCUCUACAUUAGACAUUCGAGGGGUCAUGGGGGAUGCAUGGCAUUAGACAAUGUUCAGUUCACCUUGGAAAGUAGCCAAUGAAAGAUGAGAAAAUAGUCAGAUAGUUCUGGCACACCAGUGACCUGCCUCAAAAACAAAAACAAAUACAAAUACAAAAGCCCACACUUUUAAGAAGUUGUAGCAUAAAAAAAUAUUCUGCUGAGAGUCUAAAUCAUCUUGGAUUUUGCAUCCUUCUAUGAAAUUCUGUGAUAAUUUUUUUAAUAAGUAGAUUCUCUGGCAUCUUUUUUUUCUUUUGCUUUUAAUAACUCAUCAUCAGUGGUACUUUUUCUUAAAGAAUAAACUAAUUUUUUUAUGUUUUAACAUUGGACAGUUUUAGAUGAUUGUAAUGAGUCAGAAGUUAAAAGGUAAAAGAUGUAGCUACUAAAUGACAUGGGGGGUUAAAUUAAUGUUAAAAUAAUCCAACCUAGCACUUUUGAUUUUUAUAUAAAGUCUAAUAUACAUUUCAUUCAAAAUAAUUAAAUACUUAUUGCUGCUGAAAUUUCUUAAAUGCUUGUUGCUGUUGUAGUUACGUUUAUUGCAGUUCCAAAUUGCCCUUCUUCCCUUGCCUCAUUGGAAACAUCUCAAAUACAUUUCUCUCAAAUGGGCAUGUUGCUUCUCCCUAACUUAUCUAGAGGAUUUUUAUUUUUUAUUGUAUCAUUCUUUAUGACUUGUGAAGAAUAAUAUUAAUUAUUGUUCACUACAUACUAAACACUUCUAUGCCAUUCAUAAUUAAGAAAUUAAUGCCUGGAGUCAGGAAUUUUAUAAUAUGUUAUUAAAUGUGUGUUAUCUAUUCCA